GGUAGAGAAGAGUAACAAGUGGGGAGCAGAACACCUGGACAACUUCCUGCCAGGGAGUAAGCACCUCAGUCUUCAGGAAAGAUCGUUUCACGUCGGUCGUUCGAGUCCACGAUAUCUUAGAAAGUUACCUAUCACCAAAGAGAAUACGUAUCUUCAUCGAAAGAAAGAGAAAAAAGAAAAGAAGAAAAAAGAGCAGGAAGGAACUCGCGUCCCGUCCGGAACAGUUGUACUUUUGGAACAGUUCCGGUUCUCAGUCGGUGUUCAACCGGAAACGAUCGCGAAAUGACGUUAGCCUCGCGGUACGUUCGGUGAACUCGCGAAUUCGAAAGUGACCUUUUUUUGCUGGAUUAACAACAAGAUCGCCAGUCGGUGUGAUACCAAAACAGAUUCUUCGCUGAUCGUUGUCGCGAAGAAACGAUUAUCAGCUGAUCGUUCGUGGCCAGAGUUGACUGGAAGAAGCGGAUUACGAAGGCAUGGAAAGGACAGCUGUGUUUCUUCUGUUUGUCGUCGGCUUGGCUACGCGAGGCUGCAACGGUGCCGGAUGCGGUUACCCUGGGGCUCCUGCACACAGUAGCGUUCGGUUCACAGGAACAGGUGCCGAAGACGUUAUAGACGAAGAGGAUGCCCUUCUAAAGGACACGAUAUUGCCCGAGGGCACAGUGGCUACGUAUUCUUGCGAACGAGGGUUUGAACUCCUCGGUCCUGCGCGGAGACAGUGUCAGGUUGAUGGCUCUUGGACACCGGAAGGGGUUCCAUUUUGCGUGCUAAAUGUUGCCGGAGGUAAAGCUCCUAUGCAAUCAAGCAGCUCAGAUGGUGGAAUCCCGCAGCGUGCUGUCGAUGGCAGCAGUGGACAAAUUUAUACCCCUCAAACUUGCACCCUUACAAGACCAGAGCACAGGCCGUGGUGGUACGUGAACUUGCUCGAACCAUAUAUGGUGCAACUCGUGCGGUUGGAUUUUGGCAAACCAUGUUGCGGUGAUGGUAUACCCGGAACAAUUGUUGUUCGUGUGGGAAACAAUCGGCCGGACUUGGGAACGAAUCCAAUUUGCAAUCGUUUCACCGGUCCCCUCGAAGAAGGGCAACCUCUUUUUUUACCCUGUAAUCCGCCUAUGCCUGGAGCUUUCGUUUCCGUACACUUGGAAGCAAAUACACCGGCACUAGUUCCAGUGCAACUUUCAUUGUGCGAGUCCUUCGUGUACACUGAUCAGGCUCUUCCCAUCGAGAGGUGUCCACAAUUUAGAGAUCAGCCACCAGGUUCGACAGCAACCUACAAUGGAAAAUGUUACAUAUUCUACAAUCGCCAACCGAUGAUAUUCCGAGAAGCAUUGGCAUUCUGUCGUGCACGAGGUGGUACUUUAGUGGAUGAAAGUAAUCCUGCGUUACAAGGGUUUAUUUCGUGGGAACUAUGGAGGAGGCACAGGAGUGAUACUUCGAGUCAAUAUUGGAUGGGUGCAGUAAGAGAUCAAAAGGAUCGUACGAUUUGGAGGUGGACAGGAAGCGGCGACGAAGUUUCUGUUUCUUUCUGGAGUCUACCUCAAGGCAGCGAAGAAGACUGCGCCCGAUAUGAUGGUAGUAGAGGAUGGCUUUGGUCUGAUACCCCUUGCACAGCUCGAUUAAAUUUCAUCUGUCAACACCAACCACGAGCGUGUGGUCGACCAGAACAGCCUCCGAAUUCCACGAUGACGGUGACCACAACAACAGAUCGGAAUUCCGGAAGCGCAUAUGAAGUUGGCGCGACGGUGGAUUACACUUGUAACGCCGGCAGCCUUCUUAUAGGACCGUCGACUCGUACAUGCCUCGAUACUGGCUUCUACAACGAGUUUCCACCGGUGUGCAAAAGCAUCGAGUGCGGUUAUCCAGCGAACAUAAAACACGGAGGUUACACACUUAUCAACAAUACCGUUAGUUAUCUCAGUCAGGUGCUUUAUUCCUGCGAUGAAGGAUACGAGAUGACUGGUCGUGCAAGACUGACAUGCGAUAUCGAUGAGCGCUGGAACGGACCGCCACCACGUUGCGAGCCAAUUCUGUGCGAUCCUCCUGCUCCUGUUCCACAUAGUUAUAUUCAAAUCGAUGAAGUCGACGAGACCGAGACAGUACCAUCGAAAACGAACUUCAGUCGAAGUCUUCUCGUAGGCAGUAUCGUUACAUACACUUGCGAGAAGGGUUAUAGACUUUCUGGCUUCCGACAAAUAUUAUGCUUGCCUACUGGCUUAUAUGAUCAUGUCGCACCCACUUGUACGGAAGAACCACGUACCACCGUGACUGUAUCUUCCCGAACAACCGUGCGACCAACGACCAGCAGAACCCGACACACAUUCCUACCACCUCGAGUUCGAACCACAACAAUCUCGACGACCACAACCACAACCACCUCUGUGCCACCACGAAGAGUGGCUAGCACCGCCGAAUUACCCGCGACGGUUCGGGAAACCAUAGCAAGGAAACCAAAUAUUGGUCUUCAGAGACCAGCACCGCCUCCGUCGCCACCUUUGAACGAUGACACCAACGAUCAUCCUCAGGACAAUGAAAUUUCUGGCAGUGGAGUAGACAAUGCUCAGGCUGGCAUUGGAACUGGUGUUCCUGAACCUUCUGGACCUUUCAGGGUGGACAACGCCGACCAGUCGAGUAACACUCAUCAAGCAAAAUUAAAUCUAGGCGCGGUGAUCGCCUUGGGUGUCUUCGGUGGUUUCGUAUUCCUUGCUGCUGUAAUCACCACCGUUGUAAUACUCAUACGCAGAAAUCGCGGUAGAAGCAGCAAGCAUUACCGACACCGUGCAUCUCCAGAUUGCAAUACCGUGGCCAGCUUUGGAAGCAGUUCCUCUGAGAGUCGAGGAGGACUGAAUCGAUAUUACCGUCAAGCUUGGGAAAAUCUGCAUGAGACGGCCGGUCAUAAGACCAAUCAUCCUCCUCUUCGUCGCAAGGAGACCCUGGAUGAACCAGGAUACCGAGAAAAUUACCGUGGCAACAACACCGAGAGAGAUGGUUCAGAAUUAGUUGUGAGCGAUGUAGCCACGUACCCGUCUAACAAGCACGCCAGCAUUUCUGACAAGAAACGCCAUCAUCAUCAUCAUCAUCAUCACCACGGUAACUCUACGCCCGAGUGGAGGCAGUCUCAGUCUCAUCACAGAUACUAAACAUAAAAUCGGUUACCUAGAACCGCUUAUUUUUUUGAGAUUUUCGGUGAAUCGAUUAUUGUGACGAGUCGCGAUUAGAUCACGAGCAAGUUGUAUUUUUUAUGCUGUAUGCAUAUUUUAUAAAUGGUGACGCACUGGAAGAUGGUGACUUUAUGUUAGGAAAUACGUACAAAAUGUAAGGUAAAUUUCCUUCAAUAUAGAGUUUUAAUUUCAGCAAAUGUAUUUUUGAUUAUUUGUUGAAUGUGAAAGAUAUAAUUAAUUGAAUGUUUAUUUGGUAAUAUUUGGAUUUAAAAAUAUUUGUACAGACAAAUUUGUUUACAUAAGUGAAAUACUUCUUGUGUAUGUGUAUUUUUAUAUAUAAGAACAUCUCUUUUUUAUUUCUUCAAUACAGUAGUAUGUGAAUUUUAUAUAUUGAUCUGAUUCUUUAAGAAAAAAAUUAAUGAAUUCAUAUAUUGCUUUAAUUUCAAUUUUAAUUUCUAAAUAACUUUACUUUUUAUAGAAAAGCACAUCUAUCUCAAAAUCUUUUGAGGUGGAUCGUUGACAUUUUCUAUAAUAUUCUAGAUCUAAAUUACACAUAUACAUUUUGAAACAUGUAUAAAAUCUUGUGUUUAAAAUUCAACUAACUGUUUCUAGUAAUUCAGCUAAUUCUAAGUUAGAAUAUCAAAAAUGUAUAUUGUUUUCCAUUUACAAUUCAAAGUUUACUUAGAAGAAUGUAUAUUUAACAUGAAUUAUAAAUCUUUGUCCCAAAUUUUUUCAAGAAAUAUGUAUAUGUAUAUCUAAUAUUCUUAGAACAAUAUUUUGUAGUCAUUUGACGAAGAAAUUAGUAAAAUAAAAUAUUACCAAAUGCAUAUAUAUCAUAACAAACGUUUGACAAAUAUUUAAAAUCAUUUUUUUUAGAAAUAAAGUUUCAUGUGGAUAAAUUUUCUUAUAUUUCAUCUUCUUUUUAGCAUUAAAUCACCAUCCAUCCAUGUAUUCUGCUAUAUCAUUUAUGAAAUAAUUUGUAACUCCAUUUAAAAUGGAAACUUAAAAGAACAUGGUGAACAAUUCAAACGUUGCGUAGGAGAAUUUUUAAGCGUGAUUCAUAGAUAGAAAAACUAAUUCAUCCUACAUUUAUUGUUCUGUUAUACAGUAAAUUAUUUACGACUACCUUGUUACGUAAUGUAAAUACCGUAUACUGCAGUAGCGUAAGUCAAAGAUGAAAGUUGUGAAUGUAGGAGGAUCACGAGUUGAUCGAAGGAUAUGCCAAAAAAAUGAGAAAGUAAUAUAUGUAUAUGUAUAAUUACUGAUCAAACGAAUUCUAAUAAUUUUUAAACGAAUUCGAUACAAACUAUUAUAAGAAUGUUUGAUUAUAAUAGGAUUGACAAUAUUUUAUGAAAAUCAUACGCAUACUCGGUUGAUCAAUAUCUGUAAUGGGCACCUUGGCCUCGCCUUAAAGGAAUCGAACAAACUCAUAACGAAACGAUAUUCGAAGAUGGUACCGUUAAGGAAAGGCCGACGCUAUACAUAUCAGAAUCAAAAUUCAUUUAGUUAUGGUGCUCAUUUUAAGACACUUUGCACUUAUUUAAAUUCAUGUCGGAUCUGUUUUUGCAGAUUUUAAAACACCUUAAUAAAAUAUUUGUGUUUAGUAUUAUUUUAACCAGUUGAACAUCUUUUCUCAUGCUUGUCAAGAAUAAAACAUAUAUAAUUAAUAGAUAUGUAUUUAUUCAUUGACUGACGUAAGAUAUUCGUAGUAAGUUUGUACAUGUAUUUAUUUAAUACUUCAGUAAUCUACAAAAAAUUGUAAUAGUGCCAUUAUGGGCAAACUUGUUUAAUUGUAUCUAUACAUGCAUUCUAGUUGUUUAAACAUAAACACAGAAUGGUGAACACUCGUGUAUCUUCAGUAACUUGUUAUGUACGUACAUAGUUAGUUUUAGUCUUAGUUAUGCACGAAUUGUUUCAACUAAAAAUAUUUAUGUAUCAUAAUUGUUUCACAGAAGUUCAUAAAGGAAAAUACAAAUUGUUCAAAAAGUUAAUAAGAUAAAUUUAAUUCUUUUAAUACA